AUGAACGGGAAAGUGAUGUUGUCGCAGAGGAACUCGAGUCAUCCGAACCUCUACCGGAUCGUGAUUCCGGUCACGUCGGCGAGUCUGGAGACGCCGCCGGCGAUGAUCACCUCGUCGCAAUCGUCGCCGAAAGGCGUUUUCCGACGUCAGAGCCGGCCGAUGAGAAAGUCCGCCAAGCAGUUCUUCCAGCAGCACUUUCAGCAGGAACGACGGGAAAAAAUGAGCCGGUGA